CGAUCUGCAGCGGGUAACCAUCGCUCUUGACUCUCGAAGCCAUGAGGCAAAGUUUGGAAACUGGCGGUUCUUGGAUCCCUCUCUUUAUUCCUUUGUUAGGAAUUUUUUCGAUUUCUAGUGCACAAAAUCAUGUCGGUGAAGAUUUAGACGCGAAAAUCGCUUUUGAUUUACCGGGACAACAGCCACCAAUCUCGUUUGCGCAAUCUACGACAGAUCACCCAAGCACGGGAUAUAUUGUCUAUUGUCCUUGUAUGGGUAAGUUUCCACUGUCUUUUGUUUUGUCUUUCACAUGAAACGUCUAGAUUUAGGUGACAUGGCUUUAUGUUUUAUAAAGCUCCCGUUAAUUUCCCGGAUUAUAACAAUCCUUUAACGUUGUUGUAUUUUUCUUUGUACGACUUGUGAUGAGAUAAAUGUAUACAAAGGGGUAAGUUUCUAUUGAAACUGUGGUGCUGCGUUCGUGGGAGAGUGAUAACAAGGAAGUUUGGUAUUACUAAAUGAGUUGAUAACGUAAAUUGGCCACCGUAAAGAGUUCGCUUGAAACAUCAGCUUUGAAACUCUUAACGAUGGUUAAUUUACGUUAACAACUCAGUUGAUAAUACUUAAUUACCUUGGUAAUGUGACAAGCUAGGCAGAGAGAAGGAAAGUGUAGAUAACGCGGUAUCUUCAUCUCGUUUAGACACAGGGAAAGGUAAAUAGGUGUUUGGCUGUGGACUACUGAGGUCAGAUUAGAUGUUCUCCUUCUUUGGAAAUAUGAUGCUAAUAUCUGUACAGCUCUAAAGGUUUAAACCUGGAGUUAAAAUAAUUAUCAGACAGCACAGUGUAAGAAAAUGUGGGUCAUGAGUGACAGAUUUGUUUGCGACACUAGCACUUUCACAUAGAAAGUUUUGGUCAAAGUCCCAUUCUUUACUAUCUUAAAUACUCUUUGAUUUAGCCUCUACCAAAGCACUCUCUGAAAGACCAAAGCUUUUUACAUAUCUGAAGAGCUUGUUACUCAGAGUCUGUAGUUCUUUUUUCAUUUGUCUUGUGAAUCACCCAAAGCCUUACAUUAACCCUUUGACGCAUACGAUUAAACAGCAUCUAAUUUCUCCUUACAAUAUCUCCUCUGAAUCACACAUUAAGGUCAUGAGAAUACAAGAAAUGAACACCAACUAAACAAGCUCUUGAUUGUUAAACAAGUUCUUCUUCUCAGCAUCUCAGGAAAUGUUUAGAGAACAGUAUGGAGAAUAUGUAUACUGAUGUUAGGGUGUUGAGGAAGAAGGUCUUGAUUGUUACAGAAAUUCUCCUUGUCAGCACCUUAGGAAAUGCAUAGAGAACAGUAUGGAGAAUAUGCAUACUGAUAUUAGAAUGUAAAGGGUUAAGCUUUUGGGAAAUAAACUGGGAUAAAAAUAUAACUGUGAAGAUUCUCUGAAAAAGCUGAGUACCUUCUGUUGGGCGUGAAUGUAAACCGUAAGGUUGAGAAAAUAAAGUUUGUUACAUUGCUGUUUCUACUGAAGUGUAGCUUAUUCUAAAUUUAUUGUGAUGUUUCUCUGUUUUUUUCUUCUUUUCAGGCCGGUUUGGAAAUCAAGCUGACCAGUUUUUAGGAUCAUUAGCAUUUGCAAAAGGAUUAAAUCGCACCCUUGUGUUACCUCCAUGGAUAGUUUAUCCAAGUUAUAAAAGAGGUGACUCUGUGAGUUUAAUUCUUUAUUUACUUGGCUAGUUAAAUUACAAGUAUUCAAUCAUCUAACUCCUUGUAAAAUGAAAAAUUUAUGAAUUUCUCUCUCUUGUCAAUUCCAUUAAGAACCCCUGACAACUGAGUAAUCUUAAGGGCAAGUGAAAAGCAAUGAGUGAAGAUAAUUUUUUCAAAGUUUUGGGAAGAAAAUGUGGAGUGCCGGUUCUUGAAAAAUCACAAUAACAUUGUUGAGUGCUUGAGAUUUUCUUGAUGUGUGGGCAACCUCCAAAAAUUUACCAAAGCAAAAAAAAAUUGAACUGUCAAAUGAGUUAUGAGGGGUUUCUUGAAGAUGAAUGAUGUGUUUUGCAGAUACAUUCAAAGUAACAUAUCUUUGAUCCUUUUCUUCAAAAUGAAUUAAGGAUUGAAUCAAUAAAGCACAAGAAAUAGUUCUCCUGUUUACCCUUUACAUCACUUUAUUCAAAUAGUACUCCCUGCCCCUUUCCCUUCAGGAUCGAGUACCAUUUGAUGACUGGUUUCUUGUUAAGCCACUUGAAGUAUACCACAGUGUUAUAACAAUGGAAAAAUUCAUGAAAGACAUUGCUCCAACAAUUUGGCCACCUGGAAAAAGAAUAGGUUGGUAUUUGAUUAUAGAUGAGUUUUUUUUUUUAACAUUCAUUGCAAAUUGCGAGGAAUAUAUAUUUACAGGGUUAUAAGCUCCAAAUUUUUCAAAGGUCAACUAUUUACCCCUUAACUCCAAAUCUCUGGGUUUUUAACUCUCCCUUCUAGCUGUAACACAUAAAAUUUCCUUUUAGAUUAGUUAGGUGAACUUGGUGUUAGAUCAAGGUAGCAACUUCUACCUGAUAAAUUCAAAUAUUUGCUGGAUAAUAUAUGGAUAUCUUAGGGAGAAGUAAGAUGUCAAUCACCUCUUGGAGUUUGAGGGUUUCAGAGGGUUUAGUGCCCCAUAAAGACAUUUUAUGUAGCAGCACUUGUUUUGUGCUGUGUAAAAAGCAAACAGUGUUCUUGUAACGAGAAAAUUGAUGGUGAUGAUUCUGUCUCAGGCUUCUGCUACUCAUUCCGAGAUGGUCAGAAGUGUGAGAUGAAGCAGGGAAAUCCCUUUGGACCUUUCUGGAAUCACUUUCAUAUUGAUUUUGAUGAUUAUCAGGAACAUUCUGGCUUGUUGUGGGACACAGAACAAGAAUGGGCUAGAGUUGGAUGGAACACAAGGUACAUGUAUCUCACCAAAAUGUGUCAUUGUACUUUGAAACUUAGUUCAUUUCCUUUCUUUUUUUUCUGUUUUUAGCAAAUACCACUAUGAUAAUUAUUAAGCUACAUUUUGGAAAACUUCCAAAACAAUUACCAAAAAAUAGGACAAAAUAUAUUGCAAAAACUUUUUUUACUAAUAGUAACCUGGCAAAGGAUACAGUUUAAAUCAAUACAAAUAUUUAUCCAAUAUCCUUCACAGUCAGGUGCAUAAGAAAGUCAAAUGGUUUUAACUACUUUAAGGGCUUAAAUUUAAUUUCACGGAGUGGUCUUGUUGACAAGAAAAUAUGCAAGCUAUGAGAAAUUGAAGUAAAAACAGGCAAACUACCAAAAAUGUGGGAAAAUGCUGGUGACUGAGUCAUGAUUCCUCUUAGUGUUGAGUCUGAUUGGUUGAGAGGAUGGUGAAAGUUUUCUAGACAAUGGUAGAACAUGGUAAAGCAGACUUAUUCUGGAACACUUUCUAUACUUAAUUAAAAAUUGCUUCUUGAGUCAUGAAAGGGUCAUGAUCGUUAUUUGGGGGAAGUGUGAAGAAGGGUGUGCCCAUUACUCUCCUUUCCAACUGUCCUGUCCAAUUAGAAGUUCUCCUUUCUACCUGUUAAUUUAUUUUUGAUUCAUUUUUUCUAUCGUUUUUCAGAUUUCCAGAGUCAGAGUUUCCAGUGCUAGCUCUGAUGGGAGCACCAGGAGCUUUCCCUGUACAUUCACAAAACAGAUGGUUACAAAAGUUUGUCCAGUGGUCGACUAAAGUUGAAAAUACAGCUAAGGAGUUUAUUUCUACUGUACUGAAUAAUGAACCUUUUGUUGGUAUUCAUUUACGAAAUGGAAUUGACUUUGUGAGUGAGACCAGACAGUAACGGUCUAGUUUAAAAAUAAGACUACUUUAUGCUAAUUACAGGCCUUUUAGAGGAAUUUUGUCAGUGUUCUAUUGCAUCAACGUUAUUAUCUGAGAAACUACGCACCAACCCUUCCUCUAACAAAACAACAGUCAACUGAUAACGAGUUAGGGUUAUUGUUAAGUUAGGGGAGGGUAAGUGCACAGUUUCCCAGAUAAUGACAUUAAUCCACACUAUUUGUAGGCAGUCAAAGGAAUUGUACGAGUCUGCAGAGCAAGUAAAAUGUCAAUUCCGAUAUCUUUCCAUUUAUAUUAUUUAUGGAAUAGGAAUUAAUUAACUAUCUAGGUCUGGGCUCAUCUUUCAAACUGAAGCGCUAAAAAGAUUAUUUCGUACACUGUCAUCAUUUCCCGUAUUACUUCUCUACAAUGUACCACAAUGUACGAACCCAAUGAAGUUUUGAAACAUUUUACACUUAUGAUAUCGUGCGAAUCUUCUCUUUACUCAAUGGAACUCGUUCCUUGUUAGAUUAUUGUGACCCAUUCAGUUAUACUCUGUUAGCGACAAGUGAUCCCACUUCCGUCCCCCCCUGGAAAUCAUGUAACCCUUCUCAAAAUCCUCCGCCCCCCCCCCCCCCCCAACCCCACCCUGGCUAUAAGUAAUGAAUGAUCCCCUAGUUUCCGUUUUCUACCUUAGUAACCACCAUUAUAUUUUUGGUUCGUCUAAAAUAGUUCUUAAAUGUAAUAAAAUCAUCUUUAUGUUCAGGAAAGAGCUUGCGAACAUGUUAAGGAUGGAAGUACCUCCUCCUUCUUUGCCUCGCCUCAGUGUGUUCAACCUGGCUCCAAAGACAAGCUCACACAUCAAAUGUGCCUACCACUGAAGAGUGAAAUCCUCAAAAAGACCAAAAAGGUGGCGAAGAAAGCUAAGGCAACAAGAGUGUUUGUGGCAACGGACAAUGAUCCAAUGAUUAGAGAGCUCACAGAAGCAUUGAAGUCUUUAAAGGUAACAACUUGAACAUUCUCGACAAAGUCGGGACGAAAUAUAUUGAAUCAAUGACAGAUGAAGUGACUUAUUAGAGAAGAAGGCUUCCUUUUUAGUUUGCAAUGGUUUUUUGUUCAUGGCUCUUUUUGAUCGGCCUUCUAAAGUCAAGCCAUCCUCUAAACCAAUCAGAUGCAAAGCUAACAUCAAUAACGGCUCGUUAGUUUCCUACGAAUUCCUGUCGUAGUAAGGGGGGGGGCUCACAUCAUGGCUAUGAAUCAAGUGAAAGGGAAAGGAAUAGAAAUAAGCAUUGGAAGAAUCUUACUAUAGGUUAUACAUUGUCCUUUUACGAGCACGCCUCAUUUAUUAUCAUCCCUUCAAGAUAACCGCUCCCUUUUGACCUUAUGAAGGGAGCGGGAGAGCUCUAAAGAUUUUUCGUUUUUGUCUGUGGUAGCCGUUACCGGUAAUCAAACUCCUGAACCUGGCUGUUCAUCCCAGCUGCUUUUAUGUUAAAGUGUUUAUCUCUGGGUUCUUCCAGGUUCUUUGCUCUUUAAAACCUGGGUCCAUUCGAAAUGUCAGCUGUAAACAGGGCUUUUCUUGAUAAUAAUUUUCGAAUGUGUUGUUGUGUUUGUCUUUUCAGGUGUCUGUACACAGAAGGGAACCUUCAGAUGAAGUUAAUGAUCCGAUACUGGACUUGGCAAUCCUUACCAUGUCGAAUCACUUUAUAGGCAAUUGUGUGUCAAGCUUCACUUCGUUUGUGACUCGCUAUCGUGAAGUCAAUAAUAAACCAACCUCAUUUUGGGCUUUUAAAGAUAAAUAG